UGUUAAUCAAUUCACGGCAAGAGUACCGGUUGACCAGCUUGCAAUGUAUCGUCUUCGGUUGUACUUUCAUUUAAGAGUUUUUAAUCCUGAUUAGUCGGACCAUCCGCAAUUGGUUUGAUUCCGCGAGUAUUAGUAGAAGACGUGCAUCGACUACAGAACCAUCUUCGCACUUAAUGCGUUUGUGUUGUUAAUGACAUUGAACUUGUGUUAUAAGUAAAUUUUUCGUAUCGCUGUGCUGACUUUAUGAGUGAGUGGUAUAUUUGUUUCUGAAGAUUGUUGAAGACUGUUGAUCCACAUAGUUCUACGAUGAACAGAAUGUUUCGAUGUAUGACAGUAAUAUUGAUCUUCAUUUUAUGCAGAGCACAUGGUCAGGAGCUAACUAGCAUCUCUGUAAGGAACCCCAUUAGACAGUAUGGAUCAGUAAAACUCUUCAAAAAAACCACGGGAUAUCCAAAAAUUUUAAAUUCGAGAACACCAGCAAAUGCUAUACAAAGCAAUCCCUAUUUUAUCAACCCCUAUAUCAACUGCGAUAAUUUAAAUCAGUACACCGCUGGCAAAAGUAAAUCUUGUGUAUUCGCCAGCGAGAAACAGAUUCAGCCUUUAGAGUCUGUGCAAGAGGCAUUCAAUGAUUUUGGUGGACUGGCCGGGCCUCAAAACUCAUUUGAAUUAGACAAAUUUAAAAGUGAGGGUUAUAUUGGAGAUAAAGAAAUUCAUAUAUUGCAUUUACCCAAGAACAAACCUCAUGACUUUGACGAUAUAAAGUUGCAUUUAUCCCUGCUGAACGCGCAUUCAACUCCAGAUGUUCCUGAAAUCGACUUGGACCUCAACAAGCACUUCGGAAACUUUGAGGUGAACUUUGCAAGUAUCCAACCACCAAAGCUGGAUGCAUCGUUUCUUCCGACCCCUACAACAUUUGGUAUCACUGAUAGAAGACGACCGCCAAUUCAGUAUCAUCUAGAUUCCCAGUUUCCUUUAAAUGUUGUUCAGCAUCAUCACGAAGAAUCUGAAGACAUUUUAGAGAUUCCGCAUAUUGAGAAGCACCCUCUAGAAGACGAUUCUAGUAAGUCGAGUUACAAUACCCCCGGAGCUCUCAACUCAUAUGGAGAUCCUAUCUGGCCUUCUGCGCCAACCACAUUAAAUUCAGACUCUUCAUUCAACCCAAAAAUGUCUGUUCACGUGAACCUAGCGCAAUAUGUUCCGCAGUACUCAGAGGAUACUAAUCCAAGUUACAACUCACCCAAUGCAGUUGAUUCUUAUGGCAAUCUAGUUAAUAGUCCGGGGCAAUUGGGAUUCAAUGAAAAUCAAUUUUUCAAACCAGAAGAUUAUUUCAAUCAGAUCAACAUCAUUAAUGACGCUCAUAGGAGAAGAAGACAGGAAGCCAAAAGAUCAUCAGGUGAAAGUGGAAAAGCUUCUGCCGCCCAUGUUCAAAUGGAACGGGAAACUAGACACCGUAAUCAUAAAUACACAUAAGGAAACUUGCUGAUAUGUUGGCGCAUAAAUGGGAGAAGAAAUUCUUCGGAAGAACUAAAUAAUGUGUUAAGUCAUGCUGUAAGCUUUGUGGCUAAAAUUGCUAGCAUCUAAACCACCAAAGCAGACCAAUGCCCGACUUUUAUUUUAAAGUAGGUUUGGUAGGCCGGACAUUAGACUGAAAUCACAUGGAAAUAUAGGCUCCAAUAGAAUAAAUACUAUUUAUAUUACAUAUUAUUAUUUAUCCAACAAUUUGCAGUAAAACUUUUUUAUUUACUUAAGAAUAAGCAUGGCCAAGGAAAUUAAUUGGAAGAGUUUGGACCCUAAUUAUCACUAUCUUUUCUAAUAGUGAAAUCGUUUUUAUUAGAUCUUUCUAAUACUGUUUCGUAGUUGAUCCUCACUUUCAAAAAUUAAUUUAAUAAGAAGUAAAAUAUUUUUGAACGUCUUUAUUACUAAUUUUUUGGUUAAACUGAAAUUAAGUCGGCAGCAGUGAUCACUACUUGCGAAUGUGGAAAUUGAAAUAUUUCCCAGACAAUUUGUUUUCAGGAAAACUUGCUUGAUUGUAAUGUGUAGACGUAACAUUUGAAAAUAUUGAUAUUCGUUAUUUAUUUAAAUAUUAUAUUUAGUUUUUAAUGGAACAUAGUGUAAAUUAUCGGACAGUUCUAAGCACAUAUUAACACCGUUUUGAUAUACAUAAAUAAGAAACUAAGACGGUGUGAUGAAUGUUAGUAAGUAAUUUAGUAUUUGCAAUAGUUUGGAAGGAAAUGGGCUCUGAAUAUUGACAAAUCUCAAACUUGCAUAUAAUUCCACUCUAUACCCUGCAACUCGGUCAGUUAUCAACAAUUUUCAGCAAUUCAAAAACUCUUAAAAAGCCCAUAGACUUGGCGUAAAAGUUGUUUUAUUUUGUCACCGUUUCAGAGCCAGGAGAGUAAAUUUGCAAAAACCUGAAGCGCUGGUGAUUUCAGGAAGCACGAUCUUUCGCUAGAAGUUUGGCGGCGCGCCAUGAUUUUUUUAAUGUAUUUUUACUAGCAACCCAUUGAUUAAACAUUUUUUUAAAACCGCAAAUGUUUAUAAAAUAUUAAAAUUUUGGUAAUUACUAAAUGCAUUUCACUUGUGAGAGCAACAUGAAUGUAAUGUUUUAUACUGUUGUUUUCCUUUUUUAUUUAUAUUUUUAUUUGUUAUUCGCUUUGUACAUAAAAUGUAUUGCAGAUUUUCUUUGGCAAUAAAACGUUUUUUGAAUUUGAUUUUUUGGUUGUGAUAAAACUGACCCUAAAUAACCAUACAGUUUUUAAUUUGUCAAUUUUAUAUAAGUCUGCAAAUUGUUUCGAGUCUAGGGCUUCCUUUAAAAAUAAUAAAGUUAUGUAGGUGUGAUAUUUAAAAUAAUAUCAGAAAAAAGUAAACCCAUCUUUUGGCUGGCAAAAACAAAACUGAGACUGUAAUGCCAUUUUGGUAUAUAAAAAAGAAUUCACUACUACCAGGAACUAAUCGAUUAAUUGGAUUUAGCCAACAAUCGAGAAAGAGCCAUUAACUCAGGGAUGAUAAAUUGCAGUGUUCAUUGUAAGGGGACAGUUUCCUACAGGCAGAACUUUAGUUCAGAUUACAAAGCCGGCAACCGAUAACAAAAAUCUAAUUAGUCUCGAUGUCCGAACAGAGCUUUACCGUGAAAUUAUUUGCCAUUAUUAAUGGUAUGUCGGGGUAUGUAGGUACGACUGGUUGAUCAAUUGACGAAAAAGCCUUUAGAGCUCUGUCACAGCACAAUAUCACUGUUAAUAAUUUAGCGUUAUUUUCUUUCAAUAAAACUAUCUUCAACUGAAA